AUGGCCUCCCUCAUGGCCUCCUCAUCUGAGAUCACCCUCACUUGGUCCGGAGUAUACAAAGUAGCGCCCAAGAGCAGCUGCAAUAGCAAGAUCCUGCCUGGCGACAAGAUCCUCCUCCCCCAUUCAGCCCUCCAGCAGCUCCUCGCUGCAUCGACAAUCACAGUCCCCGCCUCAAAUCGAGCUUCUGCCUUCGACCCUUUCAACCCCUACUCCCUCGCCGCCGCCCGAGCAGAGCAGUCGCAGUGGCGAGAUACCCAGCAGCAGCUUCCAAAUCCCCUGACCUUCCGGCUGGUCAACUCGAACAAUGGGAAUGUGGUUCACGCCGGCAUACGAGAGUUCUCGGCCGAGGAGGGCGAAGUGGGCCUGAGUCCGUUCUUGCUGGAGGCAUUAGGGGUCACGCAACCCGCCGCGAGGGCGAAAGCCAACAUAGUGACGAUAGAUUCUGACGAUGAAGGCACGCAGGAUGCCCCGAUAGACCUUACCGACGAUGCUUCCGCUGACGAGCCAGCAAAGAUCACAGUCCAUGCGAAACAGCUGCCCAAGGGGACAUACGUGCGCUUACGGCCGCUGGAAGCUGGCUAUAAUCCGGAAGACUGGAAAUCUUUAUUGGAGAAACACAUGCGGGAGAACUUUACAACUCUCACAAAUGGGCAGAUCUUGACUGUGAAGGGCGGUAAGUCAGAAGAGUUCCGCUUCCUGAUCGACAAGCUUGCGCCCGAGGGAGAUGGAAUUUGUGUGGUGGACACGGAUCUCGAAGUCGAUAUCGAGGCCUUGAACGAGGAGCAGGCGCGAGAAACUAUGAAGCAGAUCAUGGCCAAGUCGCGACAGGCCCCUGGAACUGUCGAAGGAAGUUCCGUUGGAGGAGAUCUGAGUAUCUGGAAGUCCUCCACGGGACAAGUGCUGGAUGGAGAUUAUGUGGACUACCAGUUACCUUCGUGGGACCGCACGCAAGGAAUCGAAAUCGUGCUGGUGGCUGACGAUGGGGAGGACUUGGAGCUGUUUGUCAGUCCGUACUCGCCACGCCAAAGAGCCCGACCUCGAGAGGACGAACAUGUUUUCGGAGACUUCAGUAGCGAGUCAUUGAAGAAAAUAAGUAUACAGGCGACCAAUGUGGAGUUAGAAAAUGCGGAAUCUCUCUAUGUUUCAAUAUAUGCUCGUGCAACAGGCGCGGAGUCAUCAGCACUCCACAAAUUCUCCAUCGGAUUCAAAUUGAUCCCCAAAGAACGACCAGAAGAAUCAGCCGAAAUGGUUAUCGAGCUGGACGAGCCGGGCGGUGAAACAGAAACGCAUAGUCCCAAAGAAGAGCAAUGCAAGAACUGUCGCCAAUGGGUCCCAAAACACACCAUGAUGCUCCACGAAAACUUUUGCCUGCGGAACAAUGUCAUCUGUUCCCACUGCUCCGAAGUAUUUCAAAGGAAGUCCCAAGAAUGGGCCGACCAUUGGCAUUGCGAUCAGGAUUCUGCGCACGGCAAUACCCCCUCCUCUAAAGUAUCCCACGACGCCAUCUUUCACACCUCACGUCAAUGUCCAAACUGCCCCUAUGAAGCUUCCAAUAUUCGAGAUCUCGCUAGUCAUCGAACAUCAAUCUGUCCUGGGAAGAUAAUCCUUUGCCAAUUCUGCCACCUCGAAGUGCCGCAAGAAGGCGACCCCUUCGAUCCCUCCCCUGAGCAACUGAUUUCAGGCCUCACAUCCCACGAACUAGCAGACGGGGCGCGUACAACCGAUUGCCACCUCUGCUCCCGCAUCAUCCGUCUUCGCGAUAUGGCUACGCACCUGAAGCACCACGAGCUUGAAAAGGCUACGAAAUCCGCCCCAGCGAUUUGUAGAAAUGUAAACUGUGGACGGACCUUGCACGGAGUAGACAAGAAUGGAGAAAUUGGAGCGGGGAGCAGGAUGGGGCAGGGUCCUGGGAAUGACUUGGGAUUGUGUAGUAUCUGCUUCGGCCCGCUGUACGUCAGCAUGCACGACCCCGAAGGAAAAGCCAUGAAACGGCGCGUCGAGCGACGAUACCUGUCUCAACUCAUCACCGGCUGCGGAAAACCAUGGUGCAAAAACGAAUUCUGCAAAACAGCCCGAGUCAAAUCUGGGAAGGGCGAGCCAACAUUGACAGCUCAACUUGCCCUGCCGAUGGUGAAGCCACUGUUGGAUUCUGUGCCGGAUCGCGACGCGAGUAUGUUCUUCUGCGUUGACGAAGGGAGUCAGAAGAGGAGAGGGCUGGCGGAGAUGUUGGCAGCUGAGAAAGUGUAUGGAUUUGAGUGGUGCGUCGCUGGGUGCGAGGCUGAAAACGGGAGUUUAGAUCGUGCGAGAGCAUGGCUUGAGAAUUGGGCGCCGAAGAAGAAGUAA